GCGUAUACGACGCGUGUUCCCAGUGCAAAGUGAAUGAAUAGAAUUUUGUGAUUUGUGUGAAACAUUCUAGUGAACUUUUGUGAAUCCCUUUUGAAGAUGAGUGCAUCGGGUAAAAGUCUUUUGGGCUUGUGGCUUUAUCGCAGUGGCGAACAGGAAUGGUCCGUUAAACAGGGCAGCCCAUUGCAUACGCUUAAGAAGGACUCCUCAACUUCCUCUUCCUCUUCAUCGCCGUCGCCGUCGGCUACGUCGCAUGCAAGUCUCUCUCGACAUGCCUCGGCGCCCAACGACAAUUUUCUAUUGUUUUCACCCAAAAAACAGCAGGAUCGCAAUGGCAGCGGCGGAGCUGUCGAUGCAGUGCGUCAACAUGCGCCUGGUGAACGAAUCUCGAUUUUAUUUACGCUCAAAAAUCAAGUGGGAAAUUUGGCACGCGCUUUGCAAGUUUUCCAGGAGCUGGGCAUCAAUGUGCUGCACUUGGAGCUGUCGCCGCUGGAGACAUCCAGCAAUCAGGCCGACGUCCUAGUGGAUGUGGAAUGUGAUCCACGGCGUUUGGAUCAGGUGGUCAAAAUGCUUAAUCGCGAGGUCGCCUCGGUCAACUAUACGUCCGUGAAUGCGCAUAGUUUGGCCAGGGCGCCUUCGCUCUCGGCCUGCUCCAGUUUUGAUUUUGGCGAUAUGGUUUGGUUUCCACGCAAGAUUUCGGAUCUAGAUCAAGCGCAGAACGUGCUAAUGUACGGCUCUGAGCUAGAUGCAGAUCAUCCAGGCUUCAAGGAUCCAGUUUAUCGCAAGCGACGUGAACAAUUCUCGGCCAUAGCCAACAACUUUAAGCAUGGCAAUCCUAUUCCUCGAGUGCAGUACACACCGGAGGAGGUGAAAACUUGGGGCACGGUGUUUGUGGAGUUGCAUCGUCUUUAUCAGCUGCAUGCGGUGCCCGAGUAUAUGGAAAACUGGCCCGAGUUGGUCAAGUUUUGUGGCUAUAGGGAGGACAAUGUGCCCCAGCUGCAGGAUGUCAGCUCCUAUCUGAAGCGCAAGACGGGCUUUCAACUGCGUCCCGUGGCGGGUUAUCUCUCACCUCGCGAUUUUCUCUCCGGUUUGGCUUUUCGAGUGUUCCAUUGCACACAGUACAUCAGGCACUCAUCGGAUCCCUUCUACACCCCUGAACCUGAUUGCUGUCAUGAACUUUUGGGUCACAUGCCGCUGUUGGCCAACUCGAGUUUUGCCCAGUUCUCGCAGGAGAUUGGUUUGGCUUCGCUUGGCGCUUGCGAUGCGGACAUUGAAAAGUUGGCAACGCUCUACUUCUUCACUGUGGAGUUUGGACUGUGCAAACAGUCGGACAGCAGCUUCAAGGUGUAUGGCGCUGGUCUCUUGAGCUCCAUAGCUGAGCUGCAACAUGCGAUUACUGCGCAGGAAAAGAUUAAGAAGUUUGAUCCGGAAUUGACCUGCAAGGAGGAGUGCAUCAUCACAUCCUAUCAGAAUGCCUAUUACUACACGGACUCCUUCGAGGAGGCCAAAGAGCAAAUGCGCGCCUUUGCUGAGAGCAUACAACGUCCAUUUGGCGUACGCUACAAUCCUUAUACGAGCAGCGUUGAGGUGUUGUCCAAUGCGCAAAAGAUCACGGCUGUGGUCAGCGAGUUGAAGGGUGAUUUGAGCAUUGUUUGCUCCGCCUUGCGCAAGAUCUCGGCCACCGAUGAGAAUCUCGAUGUGGACAGCAUAGCGAAUAUGUUGCACAACAGUCUCAAUGUGCGUGCCGCCAAUGGAGGCAAUGCGAAUAGUCCCGACAAUCUGGAGCAUUACAUAGCCGAAGGCGAUUAG